AAAUUAAAUAUAUUAUUUCCUAAUGUAAGAUACAAGUUGCACCAAAUCCCACUCUCUCACUCUAGAAACCAAAUGUCGUUGAUAAUACUUUGUUUCUCUCUCUAAAAAGCAAAAGUAGUCACUGAUUUUCUUCUAAUCCUCCGGUGAGUGAGAGAUGCUAUCUCCGACGUUGUUUCCUCUCUUCUGCGCUUUAUUUCUCUGUCUUCCGGUGGCCGUAAUCUUCACAGUCCAGCGAGAACUCACCGGCGUUAUCUCGCCGCCGGAGUUUGGUUUCCGCUCUCUUUCCGUCUUCUCUCUCUACUCUCGAAAUGUUCCCGACGCUUCUUCUUCUCCGGUGGUUCGGAUUCGCCAGCCGAUUCCUAAAGAAGACGAGCCGCUUCUCCGACUAGCUUCUCGGGUCAACCCAAAUCUACCUCCCGGUUCGACCCGGAAAUUGGCUUUUAUGUACUUAACGACGUCGCCUCUUCCGUUCGCGCCUCUUUGGGAGAAGUUCUUCAAUGGAAGCUCCAAGAAUCUCUACAAUGUCUACGUUCACGCGGAUCCGACCCGAGAAUACGACCCACCGUUCUCCGGCGUGUUCUUGAACCGGGUCAUUCACUCUUCUAAACCCUCGAUGAGACACACUCCCACUCUAACCGCGGCGGCGCGUCGACUAGUAGCACACGCGCUUCUCGACGAUCCAUUAAAUUACAUGUUCGCCGUUAUAUCACCUUCAUGCGUACCAAUUCGCUCCUUUGACUUCACUUACAAGACACUUGUCUCGUCUCGCAAGAGCUUCAUCGAGAUACUUAAAGACGAGCCGUGGCAGUUCGAUAGAUGGACGGCGACUGGGAGUCACGCGAUGCUUCCGGAAGUGAAGCUCGAGGAGUUUCGGAUCGGGUCUCAGUUUUGGGUUUUGAAACGGAGACACGCGCGUGUGGUGGCGCGUGAUCGGCGUAUAUGGGUGAAGUUUAACAAGACGUGCGUGCGGGAAGACUCGUGUUAUCCGGAGGAAAGUUACUUUUCUACCCUUCUUAAUAUGCGGGAUCCACGUGGAUGUGUCCCCGCCACGCUUACUCACGUGGACUGGACUGUCAACGACGGUGGUCACCCGCGGAUGUACGAGCCGGAGGAAGUCGUGCCUGAGCUGAUCUUGCGGCUUAGAAAGACUAGGCCAAGAUAUGGUGAGGAUGGAAUCAAUGGUUCGGAGUGGUCUGCGGUUGAGCGGAUGGAUCCGUUUCUGUUCGCUAGGAAGUUUUCACCGGAGGCUCUUGAGCCGUUGUUGGGUAUGGCUCAAACCGUCUUGUUCAAUGACUCGGCCGGUGGUGUGUGAAUGUUUUCUCUAAUGGCAUCGUUGUAAAUUCUCUUGUAGUUUCUUUCUUUUUUUUGGGGAGAAAAUAAUUGUAAUUUAAAUGA